ACCAAUAGGUGAUGUUUCCUUUGCCAUCAUCAUCGUCUUUGAUAUCUCCAGAGUCUAUUCGGUCGGCUAUGCCUCCUCCGGAUGGCGAAAUUGAUUUUGGAAGGUAUUUUCCUCAUCCUUCAAUAUAAUUUACAUGGUUUUGUUUGGCAAUAGUUGAACAAGAUUUAAUUAGUUAUAAUUUUUUUGUUAAAUUUUGUAGAGAUGUAGAAGAAGAAGAAGAGGAGGAGGAGGAGGUAGGGAGUGGAGACAAUGAAGAAGAGGUAUUGAGUGGUACUAAUGAGACAACAGAAAAUUGUAAAGAUGGAAUUGAGGAACCGAAUGUGGGAAUGGAAUUUGAUACAUCAAACGAAGCUUAUGUGUACUACUUAAGAUAUGCAAAACAACAAGGAUUUGCUGUGGCGAAAAGAACGUCAAGAAAGGGAAAAGAUGGAAACUUGAAGAAUCUAACUCUUCAAUGCAGUCGUGGUGGAAAGGCAAGGGUGAGAGGAAGCAACCUGGCGAAACCACGGCCACAAACAAAAAUUGAUUGUCCUGCUCGGUUUAUUGUUGCUUCAUACCCGGAUGGAAAGUGGAGGUUAAACCUAGUUGUCUUGGAGCAUAAUCACGAUCAAAGCCCGGGAAAGUGCAGGUUUUUCAAGAGCAAUAGGGUAAUUGAUGAACAUGUGAAAAGAAAGCUCAUGUUGAAUGAUAAAGCUGGGAUUAAAUUGCCCCAGACUUAUGCCUCACUUCAGAUUGAGGCGGGGGGACCUGAUAAGCUUCUAUAUAGUCAGAAGGAUUGCAGGAAUUAUGUGGACAAACAACGACGUUUGAAACUUGUGGAAGGAGAUGCUGAAGCGAUGCAUAGUUAUUUCAUGAGAAUGAAAGUUGACAAUUCUGACUUCUUUUAUGCCAUGGAUUUGGAUGACAAGGGUCGACUAAGAAAUGUAUUCUGGGCCGAUGCAAGGAGUAGGGCAGCUUGUAAGGAGUUUGGUGAUGUUGUGACAUUUGACACAACUUACUUAGUAAAUAGGUAUGACAUGCCUUUUGCUCCAUUUGUUGGUGUGAAUCAUCAUGGUCAGUCGAUUUUAUUGGGAUGUGGGCUCAUCUCUCAUGAAGACACAGAGUCAUUUUCGUGGUUAUUUGAGACUUGGAAGACAUGCAUGUGGGGUUGUGCUCCGAAAGCAAUAAUCACCGACCAGUGUUUAGGCAUGAAGAAUGCUAUACAACAAGUAUUCCCUGACACCCGACAUCGGUUGUGCAUAUGGCAUAUUAUGAAAAAGGUGCCAGAAAAGUUCGGUAAGUACAAUGCCUAUGAACAAAUUAGUUCGUGUAUGCGCAAAGCCGUAUGGAAUUCAUUGACAAUCAAACAAUUUGAGGAUGCUUGGGAUGGGUUCAUCAAAAAGUACCAGCUUCACAAUAACACAUGGUUAGAUGGGUUAUAUCUAGAGAGGAAGCUGUGGGUUCCUGCUUAUGUGAAUGACUGCUUUUGGGCGGGAAUGUCAUCCACACAAAGAAGCGAGGGUAUGAAUGCAUAUUUUGAUGGUUACAUUCAUUCAAAGACGACCUUGAAACAAUUUGUAGAGCAAUAUGAAAAUGCAUUGGCGAAUAAGGUGGAGAGUGAAAAUGAAGAAGAUGGAAAAAGUUGGAGGAGUUUCAUCCCAUUAAUAACUAAAAGUGGCUUGGAAAGGCAAUUUCAAAGUGUUUACACGAAUGAGAAGGUGAGAGAGUUUCAUGAAGAAUUUGUGGGGAGACUUGAGUGUUCUUGCAGUAAAAAAAAUGAAAGUGUAUCUGAAUAUGAGGUAAAAGAGUGGAUUACAUAUGGAGAAGAGGAAAAGAGAAUUCAAGUGCCAUUUAUUGUUGAUUUUAAUGCUGAAACAAAUGAAGCACAUUGUAACUGUCGAUUGUUUGAGUACAGAGGAAUGGUUUGUAGACAUCAACUGACGGUGUGGAGUCAAAUGGGAGUUGAAAGAGUACCUGACAAAUAUGUGUUGAGGAGAUGGAACAAAAAUGUCAAAAGGGUGCACACUAAAAUUCGAAUCAACUAUGAUAACUCGUCAACGUCAAUUGAAGCACAUCGGCAUGACAAUAUGUGCAAUCUCUUUAAUGAGGUUGCCGAUUUGGCGGAAGAUAGUCAAGAGAAGUAUGAUAAGGUGAUGGCACGGUUACUUGAGUUAAAACGAGAGUUGAUUGAAUCUUCGAUUGUUUGUGGAAGUAAUGUGAUUUCUGAUACUCCUAGUAAUUCUUUUUCAAUUGGAGAUGAAGUUCUACCUUCCAAAGAAAGCACAAACAUACUUGACCCGGUAACUCUUCGUCGAAAAGGGAGACCGCCAAACAAAAGGAAGGUAGGCAUUGUUGAAAAAAUUGGUAAGAAGAAAAUAGAAACAAAAAAGAAGACAUUGUCCAAGGAAAAAACCAAGGAGGUUAGGACACAAGAGAGGUUGGAACACAACAACUGUUUUUUUCAGGAGAUUGGGUCACAAGAGAGUGUGGUAAAUAUUAAUAGUCAGCCAAGCUACAUGGGGCAAUCAAUGUGGCCAAAUAUGAUACCCCAUAAUAUGCGACCGAAUAUGACACAAGGAGGAAGCAUUUUCCAAUUUUCUCCAAGUUCAUGUCCAACCGAAACAGGCUUCAACCAAUUUAUGUAUGCAUUUCCAAGUUCACAAACAAACAUGCCAAUCUCAUUCGGUAGUCAUGAUUGGCGAGGGCAAUCAAAUAUUACAAGUAGGCAAAUUUGGGGAGGAGGGCAAUCAAAUUUUUUGGAGACUCAAUGGCAAUGUGUUGGAGGACCACCACCAAGUUUUACUCAAAUGCUGAAUGCACCGGAUAAUGCUGAAGAAUAGUUCAGUUGACUUGAUUGUUGGUGUUUUAGUAUUUGUAUCGUGUCGUAUCUGUAGUGUGUC